AUGACUCAAUUAUAUCUGUCAGAGAAAAUUGAUGCAAGAGAAUCCAGGAAGCGCUCAGGUUCUAUGGUGACGCACAUAAUGCAAGGGAUUAUAUCUGCUACCGGACUGAUAAUAACUUUCAAAGUACAACCAGAGAAAAACAUCAAAACCUUCAUGGCUAUGGGUGAAGAAGAAGCAUCAGUAUCAGGUAGCGGCAAACUUUCUCAAGAAAACCAUCCCAGCAGCCUCACCAUCAAGACUUCAUCUUGCUGUAGCAAAACUGGUAAAGAUGCUUUAACUUUGAUCCCCACGGAUUUGCAUCCUCCAAGCUUAAAAACCUCAAUUGAGUCAUCUCCAUACAACUCUCCCUCCUUGGUGUCCCCACCAUCGUCAGCAUUUGUUUCAGCUUUGCAGUCACCAUAUAUAUCACCAAGAGCCACAAUCCCGAAACCCCAAGAGAACUCAACCCCGCAAGAUAACUCUACUCUUGUUACUCAUCCAUCAACACCAGUCUCGUACAGAGGGGGUUCACAAUCCGAUGAUAUACCAAGUAGUUCAUACACUCCACCAUCAGAACAGUAUGAAUACUCUGACGACCCUGCAGAUCCGAAGCUCAAAUUUGUAACUUGUGUUCCAGUUCCAGAUCCUGCUCCACGCAUCUCAUUCUCAUUUCCAGUGCCUCGAAUUUCCUUCGCAAAAGCUCCUGUUUCUCCUGCUUCUAAUGCCAAACUCAGGAGCUGUGACGUUUUCAUUGGCUUCCACGGUCAAAAUCCUAACUUGGCUCGCUUCUGUAAGUGGCUUAAGUCAGAGCUGGAGCUUCAGGGUAUUGCUUGCUUUGUUUCAGAUAGAGCCAAGUAUUCAGAUGGUCAGAGCCAUGAGAUUGCUGACCGAGUAAUCUGCUCAGCCACAUAUGGAGUUGUGGUGGUCACUAAUUCUAGCUUUCUCAAUCAUCUCAGCUUGGAGGAAAUUAGAUUCUUUUAUCAAAAGAAAAACUUGAUUCCACUCUUCUUUGACACGGGACCUGCUGAGAUCAUGGGACUUCUCAACUGCAAUUCAGUUGAUAAAGAAUGCAAAGAAGCAAUUGACGGCCUAAUCAAGUGUCAUGAGUUCAAGCUGGAAGCUAAUCAGGGUAAUUGGAGAAGCUGCGUAGCCAAAGCUGCAGGAAUAUUGCGAGCAAAGCUUGGAAGGAAUAGUGUGGCAGAGAAAGACUUUGUUGGUGAAGGAUUUGAGGAGCUGCCCUUCCCGAGAAACAGGUUUUUUGUGGGAAGACAGAAGGAGAUUAUGGAGAUUGAAACUUCCUUAUUUGGACAUGCUGAUUCUCUUGAGCAAGAUUGUUGCUCUAUGCCUAUUAUAAAAAGUGAAGCAAGCGGGCAAUCCGAAGGGCUUGCGGAUGAAGAAAGUGGUAAUGUUUCCACUAGAGGGAGGUAUAUUAAUCUGGGAUUAGAUAAGUGCAAAGAGCCUACUCUAGAGACAUGGAUUGAGCCAGUCACGGGAAGAAAUUCAAUGAAAAGGUCCAAAUACAAGAAAUCAAAAAGUGGGAACUACAAGAGCUUACGCUGCAGUGUGAUUUGCAUUAAUGGGGUUCCAGGCAUUGGAAAGACAGAGCUGGCUCUUGAAUUUGCUUAUAGGUAUUCUCAGAGAUAUAAGAUGGUUCUUUGGGUUGGUGGAGAAGCCCGAUAUCUCCGGCAGAAUAUAUUGAACUUAUCACUCGAUUUGGGAUUGGAUGUGAGUGCUGAAGAUGAGAAGGAAAGGGGCCACAUUCGAAGCUUUGAGGAGCAGGAAUUUGAAGCAUUCAAGCGAGUGAAGAGAGAUGUCUUUCGUGACAUGCCUUAUCUUUUGAUCAUCGAUAAUCUUGAGACAGAGCGAGAGUGGUGGGAAGGAAAAGACCUGCAUGACUUAAUUCCCAGGAACACCGGUGGGACUCAUGUGAUUAUCACUACUAGGCUAUCAAAGGUUAUGAAUUUUGACACAAUCCAGCUUCCUCCAUUGCCUUUCUCUGAUGCAAUGAUUUUAGUAAGAGGAAGAAGGAAAAAAGUCUAUCCGGCUGAGGAGUUGGAGUCCUUGAGAAAAUUUGAUGAGAAAUUGGAAAGACUGAGCUUUGGUUUGUGGAUUAUUGGUUCACUGCUUUCCGAACUUGCCAUUUCUCCAUCUGCACUCUUUGAAGCUGUGAACGAGGUCUCGCUUGAAGAUGGUUCUACUUCAUCAUAUGUGAGGACUAAUGGUAAGCAAUACUGCAAAAACAAUCCAUUCCUGAUGAAAAUUCUAUGCUUUUGCUUUGCUGUAUUGCAGAAAGUUAAUGGGAGAAGGAACAUUCUCGCCUCUGGAAUGCUUCUUGUUGGUGCUUGGUUUGCCCCAUCACCCAUUUCUGCAAAUUUGCUAACUACUGCGGCUAAGUAUAUGCCUGUUGAUGGAAACCGAUUCAGAAGGUGGAUUAAGUUCCGAAGUCUCACGUUCGGCUUGUGUGGUGGAUGCGGUUUAGCUACUCAAAUUGAGGAAGAUUCCGCUAUUCUCCUAGUAAAGCUAGGAUUGGCAAGAAGAGUUAAUCGACAGACUGGAUGUUGGAUUCAGUUCCAUCCUAUAACUCAAGAGUUUGCAAAGAGGAAAGAGUGUUUAUCCGCUGCUAAAGCCACAGUCCAAGGCAUAAGAAAAAUUGGGAACCCAUUGCUGAAUUCUGAUCAUCUAUGGGCUUCUGCAUUUAUUGUAUUUGGAUUUAAGUCCGAGCCUCCUAUUGUGCAAUUAAAAGCAAUUGAUAUGGUUUUGUAUAUAAAAAAGACGGCACUGCCAUUAGCAAUUAGAUCCUUCACAACAUUCUCAAGAUGCAACUCUGCAUUGGAGUUAUUGAAGGUGUGCACAAAUGUGUUGGAGGAAGUAGAAAAGUCUUUUGUAUCUCAAACACAAGACUGGUGUCAUGGGUCGCUUUGUUGGAAAAACAAGUUACAAGGUAAUCAAAGGUUGGACGAGUACGUGUGGCAAGAUGUGACAUUGUUGAAGGCUACCCUGUUGGAAACGAGAGCAAAGCUGAUGUUAAGAGGUGGGCAUUUUGACAGCGGUGAAGAGCUCUGCAGAACUUGUAUCAGUAUUCGGACAGUGAUGCUGGGGCACAAUCAUGCACUAACCUUGGCAGCUCAAGAAACACUUGCAAAGUUGGUGAGAAUGAGGAGCAAGAUAUGAUGGAGCUUAUUCUCAAUAGAAGUUAAGUUUUGUUCACAAUGUAAAAUACGGUGAUAAAUCUGUAUUUAUUUUCCAUUCUUCACUUGGAAUAGAUAGGAAAUGUCACUGCUUUGUUGAAUUACGCUAAUAUGAUCUUUAUGUUGGGAAAACAAACUCCUACACCAACCACUACCGAGAUUUUUCUGACACGGUUUUAAACUUAUUUCUUUUAGUGGAGUGUCUUAUGCCACAUCAAUGCCAUGUCAUAUUUUUUAUUUUUUAAAUGUAUCUAAGUUUUCACAAAAGAAAUUCCAUGGGUUUUUGCUAACAUGGACGGGCCGGGAUAGUUAUGUAACUCACGUUUGGUGGAGUGUCUGAAUUUCGAGGA